UCCACACCAGAAUAUCUAUAUAUACCCUUUAUAUAUAUUCACCAGUCUCAAACAAUAUACACUCUCUCCCCCUCUUCUUGUUCUUCGUUUCCAUACGUUAAUUUCAUUUCCACUCCCUUAAUAAGAAAACACAGUUGUCGUAAUGGCCGGCGGUGGCAUACCGACCGCUCCCGGUGGUAAUAAAGCUUACCCCGGCAACCUUACUCUUUAUGUCACCUUUACUUGUGUUGUUGCUGCCAUGGGUGGUCUCAUUUUCGGUUACGAUAUUGGAAUAUCUGGGGGAGUGACAUCAAUGGAUCCAUUUCUAAAGAAGUUUUUCCCGUCGGUGUACCGGAAACAGAAAGACGAUACAUCUACAAACCAGUACUGUACGUUCGACAGUCAAACGUUGACCAUGUUUACGUCAUCUUUGUAUCUUGCUGCUUUGUUGUCAUCCUUGGUGGCAUCGAUCGUCACCCGGAAACUUGGCCGGAAACUUUCCAUGCUGUUCGGCGGUGUCUUGUUUUGCGCCGGCGCUUUGCUUAACGGUUUUGCCCAAAAAGUUUGGAUGCUUAUCGUUGGUCGGAUCCUUCUCGGGUUUGGUAUCGGGUUUGCCAAUCAGUCUGUGCCACUAUAUCUUUCGGAAAUGGCACCAUACAAGUAUCGUGGGUCACUCAACAUUGGUUUUCAGUUGUCGAUCACAAUCGGAAUCUUGGUGGCUAAUGUAUUGAACUACUUUUUUAACAAGAUAGAUGGAAAUUUGGGUUGGAGGCUAAGUCUCGGGGGGGCCGUGGUCCCCGCUUUGAUUAUCACCGUGGGGUCCCUGAUCCUACCCGAGACUCCCAACUCAAUGAUCGAGCGUGGUCAGAAAGACGAGGCAAGAACAAGGCUCCGUAGAAUCCGUGGUGUUGAUGAUGUCGACGAGGAGUUUAACGACUUGGUGUAUGCUAGUGAAGAGUCUAGGAAAAUUGAACAUCCUUGGAGAAAUUUGUUGCAAAAGAAAUAUAGGCCACAAUUGACCAUGGCUAUAAUGAUCCCUUUCUUCCAACAGUUGACCGGGAUUAAUGUGAUCAUGUUUUAUGCACCGGUUUUGUUUAAAACAAUCGGGUUUAAAAGUGAUGCUUCACUUAUGUCAGCCGUGAUUACGGGUUCCGUAAAUGUUCUAGCAACAUGCGUUUCUAUCUAUGGUGUUGACAAAUGGGGCCGAAGAUUUCUUUUCCUUGAGGGAGGCAUACAAAUGCUUAUCUGCCAGGUCGCGGUUGCAAUAUUCAUAGGAAUCAAAUUUGGAGUAAAUGGUGUGGCUGAUGAUUUGCCCAAAUGGUAUGCGAUACUGGUUGUGCUAUUCAUAUGCAUAUACGUUGCUGGAUUUGCGUGGUCAUGGGGACCCUUAGGGUGGCUCGUGCCUAGUGAAAUUUUCCCUCUGGAGAUCCGAUCAGCUGCCCAGAGUCUUAAUGUUUCCGUUAACAUGAUUUUCACAUUUAUAAUUGCUCAAAUCUUCUUGACAAUGCUCUGUCAUCUCAAAUUUGGGCUUUUCCUCUUCUUUGCCUUUUGGGUCGUCGUGAUGACAAUCUUUGUGUACGUGUUCUUGCCCGAAACAAAGAACAUCCCAAUCGAAGAAAUGGUUAUCGUGUGGAAGCAGCAUUGGUUCUGGUCAAGAUUCAUGGGGGAUGUCGAUUACCAUAGUGGAUUUGAACUAAGCAAAGGAGGCGAUGCGGUUAAGAAAGUAUAAUCGAUCGCUACUAAAACCUAUAUCUUUUUCAUGUUUUAGGAGGAACUUUGAUUUUAUCCAUUAAUUAAUAGUGUUGCGUCUUAAGGUAUCACUCUAGAAGAGAGUUUUAUUUUCAUGUUAAAGUAUAUAUAUAUAAGCUCGUUUAUGGUGUCAAAAAGGGUGAACAUAUAUGUAAUUCGAUUUUUGAAUAUUGUUUUCAAAGAUUCAUGGUAACAACCCCUUUAAGAUA